AUGGAAAGAAAGGAUGGAAAAGAGGGUCAAGAUAUUUAUGUCACUGGCCUCAGACCAAGGCUAGAGAUAAGGUGGUUCGUUCGGUCACUAAUGCCCCUCCAAGACGGACAAUCAUUUGUGAAAGGAGGAUGGUUGGCCUCUGGAGAAAUCACAAUUAAGGAGGUAGUUGCUGUGAACUUGCCAUGGAAAUGGUUCACCCAAGUUGGAUUACAAUAUUUCGCGGAUGAACUGCCAUUGAUACUAAAAGGCUACGUUGAUGAAGAAAUUAUCCAGGUUGGCGCAGACAGUGAUUUGGUAUCCACUAAAAAACAGCUACUCGGUCAUACACAAAUGGAUAUAGGCAGCCUGUGA